CAAAAAUUCAAUCGGCGCAGAUUUUGACGGAAGGAAGAGGAAGACGAAAGGAUGAGGGUUCCGUUGUGCUCGGUCUGCCAGAACAAGUACAGCGAGGAGGAGCGGUGCCCGCUCCUCCUGCAAUGCGGCCACGGCUUCUGCCGCGACUGCCUCUCCAAGAUGUUCGCCGCCUCGCCGGACUCGUCGCUCUCCUGCCCACGCUGCCGCCACGUCUCCACCGUCGGGAACUCCAUCUCCGCCCUGAAGAAGAACUACGCCGUCCUGUCGUUGAUCCAGGGCGGCGACGAGGAUGACGACGAGGACGACGAGGAGGACGAUGCUGACGGUAGUGAAGCCGGCGGCGGCGGCGGCGGUGGCGGUGGCAGGAAUUUCGCCGCUGGUAGUAGUAAUAGUUGUGGAAAUAAUAGUCAUGUUAAUAGUAGCACUAGUGGUGGUUGUGUUUAUAGCAACGGUAGUAGGAGAGUGGAGGAUGCUGUUAAAGGUGGGAUGAUAGAUAUGGCGGUGCACAGAGAGGUCAAGAUGGUGAGGAAGAUUGGAGAAGGAACCAGUCGGCGGGCGGGUGUGGAGAUGUGGGCGGCGGUGGUUUCCGGUAGAGGGUGUAAGCAUAAGGUGGCGGUGAAGAAAGUCGCUUUUGGGGAGGAGACUGAUGUGGUGUGGAUGCAAGGACAAAUGGAGGAUUUGAGGAGGAAAUCGAUGUGGUGCCGGAAUGUUUGCACUUUCCAUGGAAUAACAAGGAUGGAUAGCAGUCUUUGUUUGGUGAUGGACAGGUGUCACGGGUCUGUGCAGACCGCAAUGCAGCGGAAUGAAGGGCGCCUCACCCUUGAGCAGAUCCUCAGAUAUGGAGCAGAUGUUGCCCGUGGAGUUGCUGAACUUCAUGCAGCUGGUGUUGUUUGUAUGAACAUCAAGCCAUCCAACCUUUUAUUGGAUGAAAGUGGUCAUGCUGUGGUUUCUGAUUAUGGGUUUCCAUCAAUUUUAAAGAAGCCUGACUGCAGAAAAUCUGGAAAUGAGGUGGAAUCUUCAAAGAUCCAUUCGUGUAUGGAUUGCACAAUGCUGAGCCCAAAUUAUACUGCUCCAGAAGCAUGGGAACCAGUAAAAAAGUCGCUACAUCUUUUCUGGGAUGAUGCUAUUGGCAUAUCCCCAGAGUCUGAUGCAUGGAGCUUUGGUUGUACAUUGGUAGAAAUGUGCACAGGAUCUAUCCCGUGGGCUGGCCUAAGUGCGGAGGAAAUUUAUCAAGCUGUUGUCAAAGCUAAACGGCAACCUCCUCAGUAUGCAAGCGUAGUCGGUGUUGGAAUACCUAGGGAAUUGUGGAAGAUGAUUGGUGACUGCCUUCAGUUCAAGGCAUCAAAAAGGCCAACUUUUCAUUCGAUGUUAGCAAUAUUUCUUCGACACUUGCAGGAGAUUCCUAGGAGCCCUCCCACAAGCCCAGACAAUGACUUGCCUUUGAGCCCUGUAAUAAAUGGGAUAGCACCCUCCCCAUCAGCUGAGCUGGAGCUACCGCGUGCAGAUCCCAACUUUCUACACCGACUCGUCUCUGAAGGCAAUGUCAAUGGAGUUCGAGAGUUGCUUGCAAAGAUUUCUUCAAGAUAUGGUCAAAGUUUGUUACACUCUCUACUAGAAUCACAAAAUGCUGAAGGCCAAACUGCUCUUCACUUGGCUUGUAGACGGGGCAGUGCUGAACUUGUUGAAGUUAUUUUGGAGUGCAAAGAGGCAAAUGUUGAUGUCCUUGACAAAGACGGCGAUCCUCCUCUUGUUUUUGCUCUAGCAGCUGGAUCACCUGAAUGUGUUCGGGCACUCAUUAAACGAAAUGCUAAUGUCAGGUCCAGGUUAAGGGAAGGUCUUGGUCCAUCAGUUGCUCAUGUCUGUGCCUACCAUGGCCAACCAGACUGCAUGCGAGAGUUAUUAUUGGCAGGUGCUGAUCCAAAUGCAGUGGAUGAUGAAGGUGAAUCUGUGCUUCACAGAGCUGUUGCGAAGAAAUACACCGACUGUGCUAUUGUCAUAUUGGAAAAUGGAGGGUGUAAAUCUAUGAAUAUCCUGAACUCGAAAUAUUUGACGCCACUUCAUUUGUGUAUAAUGACAUGGAAUGUAGCUGUUGUCAGUAGAUGGAUAGAGCUUGCAUCUACGGAAGAUAUUUCUGAAGCUAUUAAUAUUCAGAGCCCCGGGGGAACAGCUUUGUGCAUGGCUGCUGCCUCGAAGAAAGAUCAUGAAUCUGAGGGUAGAGAACUUGUGAGGAUACUGCUAGCUGCUGGAGCAGAUCCAACAGCUCAAGACACCCAACACGCGCAAACUGCUUUGCAUACUGCUUCUAUGGCUAAUGAUGUCGAGUUAGUCAAGAUCAUAUUGGAAGCAGGUGUUGAUGUAAACAUCAGGAAUGUGCAGAAUACCAUACCUCUGCAUGUGGCAUUGGCCAGAGGUGCAAAAUCUUGCGUUGAAUUGCUUCUAUCAGCUGGGGCAAAUUGCAACAUGCAGGAUGAUGACGGUGACAAUGCUUUUCAUAUAGCAGCUGAUACAUCAAAGAUGAUACGUGAAAAUUUGGAGUGGAUCCUUGUUAUGCUUAAAUAUCCUGAUGCUGCAGUUGAUGUUAGGAACCACAGUGGUAAGACAUUACGAGACUUCUUGGAGGCUCUUCCACGGGAAUGGAUUUCUGAAGAUUUGAUGGAGGCACUGGCAGAGAAGGAGGUCAAUUUGUCUCCUACAGUAUAUCAAGUUGGUGACUGGGUGAAAUACAUAAGAAGCAUUAAGGAACCAACUUAUGGGUGGCAAGGUGCAACGCAUAAGAGUGUUGGCUUUGUGCAAAGUGUACCAGAUAAUGACAAUCUCAUUGUAUCAUUUUGCUCUGGAGAAGCUCAAGUACUAGCAAACGAAGUCAUAAAAGUGAUUCCUCUUGACAGAGGACAUCAUGUUCAACUUAAGGCUGAUGUCGUAGAGCCAAGAUUUGGGUGGCGUGGCCAGUCCCGUGACAGCAUUGGAACUGUUCUAUGUGUUGAUGACGAUGGAAUCUUGCGUGUUGGGUUUCCUGGUGCAUCUAGAGGAUGGAAAGCAGAUCCCGCCGAAAUGGAAAGAGUUGAAGAAUUCAAAGUCGGGGACUGGGUUCGUAUACGUCCCACCCUCACCACAGCUAAACAUGGCCUCGGAUCUGUAACUCCUGGUAGUAUCGGUACAGUUUACUGUAUUAGACCAGAUAAUAGUCUAUUAUUGGAACUUAGCUAUCUUCCUGCUCCAUGGCAUUGUGAACCUGAAGAGGUUGAGCAUGUCGAACCCUUUAGGAUUGGUGAUCGUGUUUGUGUAAAGCGUUCUGUUGCGGAACCUAGAUAUGCUUGGGGUGGCGAAACUCACCAUAGUGUUGGAAGAGUUAGCGAGAUAGAGAAUGACGGCCUUUUGAUAAUCGAAAUACCGAAUCGGCCUAUUCCAUGGCAGGCUGAUCCUUCCGACAUGGAAAAGGUGGAUGAUUUCAAGGUAGGAGAUUGGGUUAGAGUAAAAGCUUCUGUUCCCUCUCCAAUAUAUGGGUGGGAAGAUGUUACGAGAAACAGUAUAGGUAUCAUUCACAGUUUGGAGGAGGACGGUGAUAUGGGAAUCGCGUUUUGCUUCCGUAGUAAACUUUUCCGCUGUUCGGUCACAGAUGUUGAGAAGCUCCCGCCUUUCGAAGUGGGAAAGGACAUUCGCGUAAUUUCAUCCGUCACUCAGCCUCGGCUCGGAUGGUCAAACGAGACACCAGCUUCUGUUGGAAGAAUUGUGAGGAUUGAUAUGGACGGUGCCUUAAAUGUCAAAGUUGCUGGAAGACGUAGUUUGUGGAAAGUUUCACCAGGCGAUGCAGAAAGGCUUCCCGAUUUUGAAGUAGGCGACUGGGUGCGUUCGAAACCAAGCCUGGGCGCAAGACCAAGUUACGAUUGGAGCAACAUCGGUAAAGAAGGCCUAGCAAUCGUGCACAGCGUACAAGACACCGGUUAUCUAGAACUCGCUUGCUGCUUCCGCAAGGGACGGUGGAGCACUCACCACACUGACGUCGAAAAAGUCCCCGCAUUUAAAGUCGGUCAACACGUCAAAUUCCGAACUGGACUAGCCGAGCCAAGGUGGGGCUGGAGAGGAGCACAGAGCAAUUCCCGCGGCAUAAUUAUCAGCGUCACAGCCAAUGGUGAGGUGAGACUAUCAUUCCCCGGCAUACAAGGGUUGUGGAAAGCGGACCCCGCAAAUCUAGAAAUCGAGCAAAUGUACGAUGUGGGAGAGUGGGUCAGAUUGAGAUCGAACGGUAGGGUGGGCAUUGUGCAAGGAAAUGCUUACGAGGAAAACGAGCACGACGUGGCGGUUGUUGGAUUCUGCGGCGAGCAAGAUCCAUGGGUAGGGAGUAUAGCCGAUCUCGAGAGAGUCGACAAACUCACGGUUGGAGAAAAAGUCAAAGUCAAGAACUCGGUCAAACAGCCGAGGUUUGGAUGGUCGGGGCACACACAUACGAGCAUUGGCACAAUCUCGGCCGUUGAUGCGGAUGGCAAGCUUAGAAUCUACACACCGUCCGGUUCGAAAUCUUGGAUGCUCGAUCCCUCGGAGGUCGAAAUCGUGGAGGAGAGAGAAAUUCGGAUAAAAGAUUGGGUUAGAGUGAAGGGGAGUGUGACGAACCCUAUACAUCAAUGGGGGGAAGUUUCUAGUUCGAGUAUAGGAGUUGUGCAUCGGAUAGAAGAGGAAGAUGUGUGGGUGGCUUUCUGCUUUAUGGAUCGAUUGUGGCUUUGUAAAGUGUGGGAGAUUGAGAGAGUGAGGCCGUUUGGUAACGGGGAUAAGGUUAGGAUUAAGGAGGGUUUGGUGGGGCCCAGGUGGGGGUGGGGUAUGGAGACGCACACUAGCAGAGGUGAGGUCGUCGGAGUUGAUGCGAACGGUAAGUUGAGGAUUAAGUUUAGGUGGAGAGAAGGGAGGCCGUGGGUCGGAGAUCCUGCUGACAUCAUGCUCGACGAGAGCUGACAUCAUCGACCCGAAAACCUAACUUAACCGGUGUAAAUAGAGCGUCGGAAAAAAAUGGGACGAGGGAGUGUGGUCGGUUUGCGCGUUGGAAUUAUCAAAUUAAUCGUCUAGAAAGUUGUGACCGUUGUGGUGUAAGAAGUUUACUUGGGGGUCUAGAGUAUAUAUACAAAUAAAUCUGGGGAAUAGUUUUGGUAUUUAUUCAAUUUAUAUUUGUAUGUAUGAUAUAGAACACUUUCACUGGAUUAGUUGAAUUGUUUUUUUUUUUUUCUUUUAUUUUUUAAUUUAAUUUUAUAGUUUUUGUGGAUUCUUAGAUGUACGAGUUUUGAGUAAAGUAUUCUUAUGAAGUUUAUAGAGAUUUAUUUUUAUUAUGUAAA